CCCUCUGCUAUUGAGUCCCGUCAUCAGGAACUAGAGGAUCGCCAGAGACAGAAUUUGAUCAUCAUGACGCCUGCACUGCUGAUUCUUUUGGGGAGUGCAGUGAUGCUGCAAGCAGACUUACUUCCUGAUAAAAAAUCUGCACUUCUCCCACCUGUGAAUUUCACCAUCAAAGUGGCCGCUUUGGCUCAAGUCCUUUUACGCUGGGAACCGAAUCCGGAUCAAGAGCAAAGGAAUGUUAUGCUAGGAUAUCAUGUGAAAAUAAAUGCCCCCCAAGAAGAUGAUUUUGAAACCAGGAACACUGAAAGCAAACAUGUGAGCGUUCUUCACCAAGGCUUUUCAGCAAGUGUGCAGACCAUCCCGUGGAGCGACCACGCCCUCCUGGCCAGCAGCUGGGUUUCUGCUGAGCUCAAAGCCCCGCCAGGGUCUCCUGGAACCUCGAUUGUGAAUUUAACUUGCACCACAAACACCAUGGCAAGUGACUGGACACCCUUAAGGCCAUACCAAGUUUCUCUUCACUGUACCUGGUGUGUCGGCAAGGAUGCCCCUGAGGAUACACAGUAUUUCCUCUACUAUAGGUAUGGCUCUCAAACCGAAGAAUGCCAAGAAUACACCCAAGACACACUGAAGAGAAACCAUGCAUGCUGGUUUCCCAGGGCUUUUAUCCAUAGCAAAGGGCGGGACUGGCUCGCGGUGCACGUUAACGGCUCCAGCAAGCACGCUGCCAUCAAGCCCUUUGAUCAGCUGUUUGCUCUUCACGCCAUUGAUCAAGUAAACCCUCCAGUGAACGUCACAGCCAAGAUUGAAGGAACCCGUCUCUCUAUCCAAUGGGAGAAACCAGUGUCUGCCUUUCAAGCCCACUGCUUUGAUUAUGAAGUGAAAAUUUACAACACAAGGAAGGGUUAUUUUCAGGACACGCCAGGGGAGAUGGUAGUGGGAAAUGAUGAGCCAAAGCCCUGGACAGAAUGGUUUCUGGUUGUGCUUAUGGCAACAAUCUGCAUCUUAUUCAUCUUAUCACUCACCUGUAGGAGAUGUCACUUAUGGACCAAGUUGUUUCCACCAGUUCCAGCACCAAAAAGUAAUAUUAAAGAUUUCGCUGUAACCAGUAACUAUGAGAAAACUGGUUCCGGUGAAACAGAAAUCGAAGUCCUAAGUUUUGUGGAAGAGCCUGAACUUGAGGUGCUGGAAGAUUUUGUGUUUUGACAGUCACUGUGGCUUUCUGAAAAUGAACUCAAUGCUCAUAUGCCUCAGUGAUGAGAAGGGCGAGAACUGCUGUUUCUUGGCUGAGAGGAACUCAGGAUUUACUGAACACGAUUGAGCUGUGAGGCGAUGCAGCUCUUAAAAGCGUGGAUGCGUCUCAGAAUGUCCUCCCCCACCGGGGUGAUUUAUCACUCGGGCCGUCCUGCCAUGGCUUCUCUCCCCACUCGGUACACGGUGGCACCUCCCCACCUGCCAAUCUUUGCGAGUCCCAUUAUUUACCUGGAACGUUUUUGUGCCAGAGACUGUUUUUAAGGCUCAUGUCAUCUGUGCUUACGUCUGGCAGUGCCAGUGUGACUGUUGAAGCUGCCAGUGGUAAACCUCAGUUAUCAUCUCAGGAAGAAAGCACUUUGCACAGGCCUGGAGUGGCCGUGAACUUGGACUCAAGAUGGUCUUUCCUAUAACACGUGGGAGCCAUGGUCCUUUUCUU